UGCCUUCUUCUUUUGUACUUUUCCUUCUCGAACACCAAAUUCCCAUACAAUCCAAUCCUUUGCUUCUCUCUAAUUCCCUUCUCUUCACAUAUAUCUAUCUCUGAUUCUCUCUCUAGAUUCCUCUUUGUUCUUGCUGUCAUCACUCUUGUCAUCAUCUUAUUCAUGGAUAUAUAAGAUUGCUUGUGGCCUCUUCUACUCUUUUGAGUUAGUAGUAGUACUAUUACUAAUAUAUAUUGCUUCUUUAGUUAUCUACUCUCAGAGAUGGACUUCAACAACAUGGUUUGCAUGACUUUGUUCUUCAUGAUCAGCAUCAUCAUCUUGCUCACUUUCAUGUCCACACGUUUCAACAAGAGAAAGAGAUCAUCAAGGAAGAACUUAUCAAGAUCUGCCAAACUUCCUAGUGGUUCUCUUGGCUGGCCUUUCUUUGGAGAGACUCUUGAGUUCAUCUCUUGUGCUUAUUCUCCUCAUCCUGAAUCCUUCAUGAAUAAACGCAGACUCUUGUAUGGGAAGGUGUUCAAGUCACAUAUAUUUGGGAGUCCAACAAUAGUGUCAACAGAUGCAGAGGUUAGUAGGGUAGUCCUACAAAGUGAUGCAAAAGCUUUUGUGCCUUCAUAUCCAAAGUCAUUAACAGAGCUUAUGGGAAAGUCAUCCAUACUUCUCAUCAAUGGUGGGCUUCAUAGAAGAGUUCAUGGUCUCAUUGGAGCUUUCUUCAAGUCCCCUCUUCUCAAGUCCCAGAUCACUACUGACAUGCAUAAGUACGUCCAGCAUUUGAUGUCUGGUUGGCAGGAUAAUCAGCUCAUCUUCAUCCAAGAUGAAACCAAACAUAUUGUGUUUCAAAUACUGGUGAGAGUCUUGAUUGGAUUGGAGCCUGGUGAGGAAAUGCAGUUCCUAAAGCACAACUUCCAGGAAUUUAUUGCUGGGUUGAUGUCUUUGCCUGUGAAGCUGCCAGGAUGUAGGCUCUACAAAUCACUGCAGGCUAAGAAGAGGAUGGUGAUGCUUGUGGAGAAGAUAAUCAAAGAGAAGAAGAAAAAGAGGAGGAUGAUGAUGAUGAUGAUGAACAGUAAUACUAGUGAUCAUCAGAACACACCAAAAGAUGUGAUUGAUGUGUUGUUGAAUGACAACAGUAAUCAGCUAAACGAUGAUCUUAUUUCUGACAACAUGAUUGAUUUGAUGAUCCCUGGAGAAGACUCGGUCCCAAUUCUUGUCACUCUUGCCAUCAAAUACCUCAGUGAUUGCCCUCCAGCACUUAAGCAAUUGGAGGAUGAGAACAUGCAAUUGAAACAGCAGAAAUCAAGCUUGAGCUGGACUGACUACUUAUCUUUGACAUUCACACAGGAUGUUAUAACAGAGACAUUGAGAUUGGGGAACAUAAUUAGUGGGAUCAUAAGAAUGGCAAUGAAGGACAUGGAGAUCAAAGGCCAUUUCAUACCAAAAGGAUGGUGUGUGUUCACAUACUUCAGAUCAGUUCAUCUUGAUGAAUCCAUACAUGAAAAUCCACACAAAUUCAAUCCAUGGAGAUGGAAGGACAAGGACAUGAAUUCUUGUGGUUUUACUGCAUUUGGAGGUGGGCAAAGGUUAUGCCCAGGGCUUGAUCUUGCCAGGCUGGAAGCUUCCAUAUUUCUUCACCAUUUGGUCACAAACUUCACGUGGGUGGCAGAGGAGGACCAAGUGGUGAACUUUCCAACAGUGAGAAUGAAGAGGAGGAUGCCCAUAAGAGUGAAAAGAAAGGUGGAGACAUAGAAGAAGACAUGGGAGUGCACACGUGUGGGUCAGAAAUUAACAAGGGUUGGAAGGAAAGUCAUGAGAACACUGAGCACUGAACACUGAUGAAGUAGACCUUUUUUUUUAUUAUAUGGCACACUGAUGCAUGCACUGUUGUACAAAAAAAAUAUAUAUAUAUGUGAGUGUGUGUGUGUAUUGUGUGUUUGGGGGGUGUGAUUCAGAUCAGAUCAGAGAGACACACAGCAACAAGAGAGAAUUUAAAGAGUGGGUCAAAUGGGUGAGACUGAACCAGUGCCAUCAGCUUUUAGGGUUGUGUGGCCUUUUUUAGGGUAUGCCAGGGCCUAGAGAAGGGGGCUACCAUGCUUGGGAGUUGCACCACUUUUGAAGAGAUGGUAAAGAAGGACAUCAAAGACUUGUGUACUUUUAUAUAUAAAUAUAUAAAAUAUAAAUAGAGAGAGAGAGAGAGUGAGUUUUUUGGUUCAUUUUCUUCUUCAUCUUCUUCUUUGCUUUUUUGUUUAUAUUAUUCAUUGAUUGUAUAUUUGAAUGUUGUUAAUGGCCUUUAAUGAUGACCAAAAAA